AUGGCUUCACCACGCAACUCCAUCGACAAACAGAACCAGAUCGAACUUGUCGAAGCGACACCAGUGGAAGAUGUCCUCCUCGAACGCUUUCCCCUAAUCAGCAACAAGUCAAAAGAAGAACUCGACACAUUGAACAAAGCCGUCGUGCGCAAACUAGAUUGGAAAUUUCUGCCAUGCAUUACUGCGAUGCUGUUGAUGAACUACCUCGACCGCAUCAACGUCAGCAAUGCCCGCCUCGCCGGAAUGCAACCCGACGUCGGCAACAUGUCCGACGUCGAAUGGUCCGCCGGAAUAUCCAUGUUCUACGUCGGCUACAUCAUUUCGCAAGUCCCAGCCAACGUCAUCAUCGCUAAAGGCAAGCCUCGUCUGCUACUCCCUCUUGUCAUGCUCGGCUGGUCCUCUGUUACGAUUUGCAUGGUGGCAAUGAAAUCCGCUUGGUCGUUUAUGUUGUGUCGAUUUUUGGUUGGAUUAUUGGAAGGUCCUUUCCUGCCUGCUGUUUCGCUGAUGACUUCGUCGUGGUAUACGAAGCAGGAGUCGCCGUUGAGGAUGGCGAUUUGGCAUGCGGGGAAUAUUAUCUCGAAUGUGUUUUCGGGGCUCAUUGCUGCGGGCGUGUUGACGAACAUGGAUGGAAUUGCGGGCUUGCAUGCUUGGCAGUGGUUUAUUCUGAUUGAAGGCAUCGUCUCAAUCGCCGUUGCUGUGAUAGGCUUCUGGGGGAUCCCAAACUGGCCUGGAAGCACAGGAACCUAUUACUUCACUCCCGAGGAAAGUGCGAUGGCGGAGUAUCGAGCUGCUGUUUCUGCUGGUGGACGAACCGAAGACGACGAAGGGGACUACUGGGGAGGAGUCGUACAGGCUUGCAAAGAUCCUUUCACCUGGAUAUUUGCGUCACUCCACUUUUUCCUGAUCAUUGCUCAGUCGUUCAAGGAUUUCUUGCCGUCGAUUAUCAACACAUUCGGGUUUUCCCAGGUUGGGACCUACCUCAUCCAGGCUCCGCCGUAUCUUAUGGCUUACUUUGUCACCCUCGCCAUUUCCUGGUCAAGUGGUCGUCAUCUCGAACACUGCUGGCAUAUCAUCGGCAGUAUCUUGAUGUGUCUUGUUGGCGCUGUCAUCAUGAUCUCCACACUCAAUGUUGGAGCGAGGUACUUCUCGAUCUUCCUUCUCUGCUCUGGGCCAUUUGUGGGACUGAACAUCCAGAUCUCAUGGGAGACUACUGUCGUGCCUCGCCCGCGAACCAAGCGCGCGGCUCUGAUCGCAAUCGCAAAUUGUGUCAGCAGCGUUAGCCACUGGUUCACGCCGUACUUCUUCUUGAGAAGCCAGGAGCCUAGAUACCAGAUUGGUGGCGGGGCCAUUAUUGUUGGUUGUGGCUUGACAAUCGUAUCGUGCCUCGUGGCGAGGUGGUGGUGUCUGAGGAAAAACAAGGGGCUAGACAGGCGGGCAGAAAUCAGUGGUGAGGAUAGUGGUUGGAGGUACGCCACGUGA